AUGUCGAGCCCCAAGCCUGUACCGAGCAAUGCUGAUCCAAAAAAGUAUAACGACUACAGUUUACAACUGAGCCGAUGGUUCCUCGUAUCGAUCGGCGCUUCGCCACAAACACGUACAACCAGUAUAAUAGAAAGGCUUUCCUCGAUAGUACUUAUUAUCGUUUUGUCGUCGGCGAUAGCUGCAAUUACGAUACCGGGUAUAUUAUACGUGUUUCUCGAGGCGAAAGGUAUUCAGAUGAAACUGAGCCCCCUUGUUCCGCUAUUUCACAGGAUAAUGGGCUUCUUGAUUUAUUUGAUAUUACUCUCACACGGCAAAGCCAUUCACAAGUGUAUGAAACACAUGGAAGAGGACUGGCGUGUCGUUCAAAAAAUGGGGGAUUUUAAAGUGAUGGUGAAACACGCCAAGAUGGGCCGUUAUAUGGCCGGAAUCUGUGCGGCCUUCAUGCAUAGCAGUUCCGCGUUCUUUAAUAUAUCCGCAACGAUGAAAACCGUAACCUUUGUUAUCAAUAACGUGUCGAAAACGAUUCAUCCAUUGUCGUGUCCAGCGUACCGUAAACUGGUUGACGCGAGAUUUAGUCCGGCGAAUGAAAUCAUGAUGACUAUGCAAUUUACGUCGAGCUACCUUACGAAUUCUGCCACAGUGUGUAUUUGUAGUCUUGGCAUUGCAUUCGCAAUGCACGCCUGCGGUCAGUUGAACAUGCUGUGCACGUGGUUUAACGAACUCAUCGAGGAUCACGCCAAAGGAAACCAUUUAGCGGAAGAAAAAUUAGCCAGUAUCGUCAAACAUCACAUGAGAGUCUUUUUUAUAGCAUAUAUGGAGAAUAUUAUGUAUAAAGCCUGUUUCUUAGAAUUGGCGGAAUGCACGAUAAAUAUGUGUUUAGUUGGAUAUUAUUCCGUUAUGAAUUGGAGUGUGCUUAAUACAGGAAAAAUCACGGCAUAUCUUAUGGUAUACAUAUCAAUGGCUUUCAAUAUUUCUAUAUUUUGCUAUAUCGGGCAGAUUGUCACCGAACAGAGUAAGGAGGUCGGUCGAAUGGCAUAUAUGACUAAUUGGUAUAAAUUAGAUCACAAAACUGCGCGCAGCUUUGUACUAAUAAUUAUGCGAUCGAAUAAUGCGAUCAAUAUAACUGCAGGAAAAAUAUGCUCAUUGUCUAUCGCCACAUUCGGAAACGUAAUUAAAACUUCCUUCGCAUACAUGAAUGCAUUGCAAACAAUGUCCACGUGA